AUGUCUGAAGAAUCACAGUCGUCACUACACAGACCUCUUAAGUUUCUUAAAGGGAGUUAUUAUCUAACAGUCCAGUCUGUUAAUCUUUUGCAGACAGAUCAGAUCUGCCAUGAUGUGGAUGUCGGUGAUGCUGCUCCUUUAAAACAACUCCCGUCAAGGCUAAAUCCAAGAAUGUACGACUUUAUCGACAAAGUUGGAAAAGCCAAAUAUGUAACGAAAUUCUACCUUCUUAAAGGAUUCUGGCAAGUUCCAUUGAAAGACCGCGCUAAGGAGAUUUCAGCCUCUGUAACACCACAAGGGAUAUACCAAUACAAAGUCAUGCCCCUUGCGCCUGAUUUCAGCUCCCCGUUAAAGUUGAUUGUUGUUGCAAGUGAUGUCGCAGUUGGUGCCAUGUUGUCACAAGAGGAUGAUGAAGAUGCCAUUGUCAAGUUUACGAUGACGCCUUCUAAUCCAGAUUACAUUAAUAAUGGAAGCGCUGCCAGACUAGUGUGGGACUACAGUGACCCAAAUAAUGAAAUCUUUGCCACUAUUUUCAGCGCUCUGGUGGAUGGUAAAAAAGGGAAAGAAUUUAAACGAAUGCUGGUUAAAAGGAAUGGUGUUGUCCAGAAUCAUCCAGAUAUGCCUUCUGCUUACAAGGGGAGAGUCAGCAUGGAAGCAACUGCCACCCUAGUCAUCGAGAAAGUAACUCCCAGAGACAACACCCAAUAUAGAUGCAAAUUAUUUCAUGGUAUCACUAAUCCAGAAAGUAAAAUUCAGCUUCUUGUGACAGAUGCAACCAUCACAUGGACUCUUCCCUCUCCACAACGUGGUCCACUCAGUGUUUCAGACGUCUCAGUUCGAACAACAGUCAAAGUCUUUGAUGGUAGAUCUCCUGAGUUGCGUUUGGAAUGGGACUUUACCUUAUCUGGUGUGGUACUUUCUUUUGUUGCGUGGAAUAGAGGUGCCACUGAAAAAAUUGGGAGUAAAGCUCCAUCUGGAGCUGUUACAUUACUUCCGGCCUUUCAAGGACAAUUUAACAUCAGUCCUAAUGAUCGUGCCACAUUGAUAAUCUACAAUACAACAGCUGCUGAUGGAGAGAAAUUCACAUGCAGGGUGGUCGCUGGUAUGAAUAUUUGGGAGGAUGUAAUUCUUGUAGUCAUAAAAGUUCCAGCAGAUAUCACUGAAAUUAGCAGUGAACAAACUGUUCAUGAAGGGGACAACUUGCAGUUAACAAGCAAAGCAUCUGGUAAACCAGAACCAAACAUCACCUGGACCAAAGAGAAGACAGGGAACCAAGGAAAUACUGGUGUGCUACAAGAAGGAAAGGUGCUGACUAUAAAAAAAAUUAGCAGGACUGAUUCAGGAACUUUCAACUGUACAGCAUAUAAUGGUUUUGGUGAGGCAGAUAGCCGAACAGUUUAUGUGAAUGUCACUUAUCCACCCAAUAUUGUUAAAUUUCAAACCAAUUAUUUUGUUGGUGUGCAACAAAGUGUAACUCUUAACUGUGAAGCAGAAGGAAACCCUCCGCCUACUUGCACUUGGAUUCCAUGUGACUCAGAUCAAGUUUGUGACAAGAAUACUCUUCAUACUUCACAAGUCUUUAAUAAUGCCAACUAUACCUGCAGAGUUGCCAAUGCACUUGGAGUUGAUUCAAAAACUGCUAAUGUUUACGUUGGAGGAAAUGUGAUUAACAUAACUAUUGUCAUCACAAGUGAAACAUGUAUAGAUGGAAAAUUCAAGCAAUUCUUAUUACUGGAGAAAUUUAAAGAACUGCUUGAGGGGGCUUUUGCUGAUAAAAUGGGCUAUGAAGGAGUGCAGUUGAUAGGUGUUAAGUGUGGAAGUAUCAUUGUUGACCUUGCACUAAAGUUCAACUCCAUUAAAAGGGAAAAAGAUGUUAUCACAACACUUAAUGACGCUGUAAAAGAUGGAAAGCUGGGAGAGUUCAGAGUUGGUGCCAUAAUAGGGAAGAAACCUGAUCGGGAACCAACAGGUGGAGGUGUCACAUCACCACUUGACGUGUCCUAUGGGGAAUCUUCAGAGCUUCCAAAUGGGACGAAAACAGGUACCAUAGGUAUUGUUGUUGGUGCAGUGUUUGGAUCAGUUGUUGCACUGGUUGUUGCUGGAAUAUUAGUUUGGUGGAAUUGCAGGAAAAAGAGGCACAACACAAAAGGCAUUGAAGCUAAGUUUUGCACAUAUAGCGGAAAAACAUUUGGAAAUUCAAGUAAUGAAACAAGAGGAAGUACUAAUAUUGCAGUCGAAUUGCCUACUUGUAAACCUUCUCAAAGCCAUUACAUGGCACUGGAUGACAGAACUCGUUCACAAUUGAUGGCAGAUGCCAGUCCGCUCAGCGCUGAACAAAUCAGCGAGUACGCUUCGCUUAAUCCACACACACGCUCCUGGGAGACUCCUAGAGAACAUGUGACGAUAAAGCAGAUUGUUGGAAAAGGUGCUUUUGGUCAGGUUGCCAAGGCGACAGCCGUUAAUCUACAAGGAAGAGCGAAGAAGACGCUCGUAGCAGUGAAAAUGUUGAAAGAAAACGCUUCUGAAUCAGAGAGAAAGGAUUUGCUGUCUGAACUUGAAUUGAUGAAAAAACUUAAACCUCAUCCUUACGUUAUCAAACUCCUGGGAUGCGUUACCAAGUCUGAGCCACUGUUUGUGCUGAUCGAAUAUGUUCCUUUUGGGGAUCUGCUGGGUUACCUAAGAAAGAGCCGUGGAUUAAAUGAUACUUACUACAGAGACCCGGAUAUCAAACCACAAACAAAUCUGACCUCACAACAGCUAAUUAAGUUUGCUUGGCAAAUCGCUGAUGGAAUGUCGUAUUUGUCAUCGAUACCAGUUAUUCAUAGAGAUCUUGUAGCUCGUAACGUGUUUGUUGGAGAGGGGGAAACAUGCAAAGUGACGGACUUUGGAAUGGCCAGAGAUGUGCAGGAGGACAAUAUUUACGAAAGAAAAACCAGGGGGCGUCUCCCCGUAAAAUGGACUGCCAUUGAGGCGUUGCUUUACGGAAAAUAUUCUACCAAGAGUGAUGUGUGGAGCUACGGAGUUCUCCUCUAUGAGAUUUUCACGAUUGGUGGUUCACCGUAUCCAAGGAUGGAUGGAAGGAAAAUUGCAAACUUACUUCAAGAGGGAUACAGAAUGCCUAAACCACAACAUGUGGAUGAUAAGUUGUAUGACAUAAUGACAAAAUGUUGGAAAGACGAGCCUAACUUGAGACCAUCUUUUGAGAAGUUGAGAAACAAACUCAAGGAAAUGGAAAACCGGCACAAGGGGCUGAUAAACUUAAAAAAUUACGAUGAUCGACUUUACGUUAAUAUUGACGAUCUUGCGGUGUGA